GCGAGAGACGCGCGGCAGUUGCAGCUCGCUAGCACUAGCGCCGGGAGCCCAAUCACGGGGAGCAGGGCUAGGUGGACAGAUCCUGGGUCCACAUGGCUCAGUAGAGGAUGAAGCCCAACCCAGCAGGAUCCUCUCCAGAGGCCUGUAAAGCUGCAGGCCAAAGGGAGAAGAACUGCCCUGUCUGCCAGGCGUGGGGAGGGGUCUCAGGCCCAGGGCCUGAGUCAGAGCCUGGGCCCCCGUCUGGUGCUGCUUCGGGACCUGGGCCGGGACCUGGUGCUGCUUCGGGACCUGGGCCGGGACCUGGUGCUGCUUCGGGACCUGGGCCGGGACCUGGUGCUGCUUCGGGACCUGGGCCGGGACCUGGUGCUGCUUCGGGACCUGCGCCUGGGCCUGGUGCUGUUCUGGGCUGUGGGUGGGGACCUGUACCUGCGGCUGCUUCAGGUCUGGGCCCUGGGCCAGGAGCUGCAUCAUUACCUGGACCAGGGGUAGGGUCUGGGCUCAGACAUGGGUCUGGGACUUGUCCCAAAUCCAAUGAGCCAAUGACAGCCCCACCACCAGCAUCACAGCAGAAGAUUCAAGCCAUACCUAUGGAGGCUCCCAGGCAGAAGGUUCUGGUAACUGGAGGAGGAGGCUACCUGGGCUUUAGUCUGGGUUCCAGCCUGGCCAAAAGUGGCACUUCUGUCAUCCUGCUUGACCUCCGCAGACCCCAGUGGGAGCUGUCCCCAGGGACUGAGUUCAUCCAGGCUGACAUCCGAGAUGAGGAAGCCCUGCUGCAUGCCUUCAAAGGAGUGGACUGUGUCUUCCAUGUGGCCUCCCAUGGAAUGUCUGGUGCUGAGAAGCUUCAAAAACAGCAGAUUGAGUCUAUAAAUGUCGGUGGCACCAAACUGGUGAUUGAUGUUUGUGUCCGCCAGCGGGUUCCAAGGCUCAUCUAUACCAGCACCGUCAAUGUUGCUUUUGGUGGGAAGCCCAUAGAAGAGGGCGAUGAGGACUCUGUGCCAUACUUCCCUCUGGAGAAGCACAUGGACCACUACUCCCGAACCAAAGCCAUCGCCGACCAGUUGACCCUCAUGGCCAAUGGAAUGCCUCUCCCAGGAGGAGGCACUCUGCGGACGUGUGUGCUCCGGCCCCCAGGGAUCUACGGCCCUGAAGAGCAGAGGCACCUGCCCCGUGUGGCGAGCCAUAUCAAGAAAAGACUGUUCAUGUUCCGAUUUGGGGACCGAAGGACAAGAAUGAACUGGGUGCAUGUGCACAAUCUGGUGCAAGCACACGUGCUGGCAGCUGAGGCCCUCACCGCAGCCAAAGGCUAUGUAGCCAGCGGUCAGGCAUACUACAUCAACGACGGGGAGAGCGUCAACCUCUUUGAGUGGAUGGCCCCACUGUUUGAGAAGCUGGGGUACAGCCAGCCAUGGAUCCAGGUGCCUACUUCCUGGGUUUACCUGACAGCCACGGUGAUGGAGUACCUGCAUCUGGCCCUGAGGCCCAUCUGCAGCAUCCCACCACUGCUCACCCGGAGUGAGGUGCACAGUGUGGCCGUAACGCACACCUUCCAGAUCGCUAAGGCCCGUGCGCAGCUCGGCUAUGCGCCAGACAAGUUCAACUUCGCGGAUGCCGUGGAACGAUAUGUACAGUCCACGGCGGCGGGGCGGCCCCGUGGCUCCACAGCGCGGUCACUCCUGCGGCUACUGCUCGGGCUGCUGCUGCUCCUGAGCCUGCUCGCCCUUGUCCUGUGCUUCCUAGGCGGGCAGCGGCCCAAAGUCUGACCGUCUACCGGGGUGAGCCCCGCCGUGGACCCACCCAGGCGGCCCUCAGGGUUUAGGCAAGUCCCUCCCUCGUCACAGGAACCAUGGCCACGCCCCUUCCCCCCUUCUGGGUCUCGGUCCUACUUCUCCCUCCGGCCCGGCCAGGUUAGCGAAGAGAUCCUAGCCUUAGGCCUGCUCCCUCUAACGGUCCUUCUCCCCAUCUCUGCCCAGUCCUGGAUCACCCCGCUUCUCCCCGGCUCGGAUUCCUCCUUUUCCUGGGCCUGCGCCCAAGCCCACCCUUCAUUGCUCCUCCCUCUGGGUGCGGUAUCUCCCUUCUGCUACGUGCCCCAUCCUGGCCCCCGCCCCUUCCGCUCUGCUUCCGCUCCUGCGGGCAAAAGACCUAAGGGAGCUCCCGGGCCUGGCCUCGGUCGGCUCUAGUGGGUGGGGCAGUUGCCCAGUUUUCUUGUCUGCUGCAGCUACCUUACGGACACUGGACCCUCCUCGCUGCCCCAACCUCUGGGUCACUCAACCUAGUAAGCACAGCACCAGCAGCGACGUAAAACAACAAAACUUUUAUUUAAAAGAAUUAAACUUCUCAAAAAAAUACCAAUAUAGUUACCUUAGAAAGAAUUUGAACUUAGUUGGCCUUAUUUUAUAAUUUAGUGUUGCUUUUAUUUGUUAAUGAGGGGGCAGUGGUGAUCACCAUAAUCUUUGAUGUUUAAACCCGCAAAAUUUCUUAAUCCAGCCCUACUUUCCACAGAAGCAGUGCCUCCCUAUUAUUUUGGUGAUUAUGGAUACCAAGAUCAGGAUGUAAAUACAUCCAUGCAUGUAUCAUAAAAUACACAUGUGGAACUGGCCCGUCAAACUGUCGACCCUGGUAAAGAUGAAAAUCAUGAACCUGAAAAGCUUGUGGUGGAGGGGAGGAAAAGUGUUAAUCAGAACCAAUGUGGCCAUCAUGGGGGCUGGACAUCUACAACUUGUGUUCUCUCUCGGCUGAACAAUGAAGAAAGUUUGUGAAGUAGCUACAAAGUGUAUCUCUUCAUUGCUAGGUUGAACUGUAUGUGUGUAUAUAAUUUUUAAAAGCUCAAUAAUAAUCUUUUAUGUCUGUUUAAUGCUUGACAAUUUGAAAGGGCUUUCAUCUAUAUACUUUCAUUUAAUUCCUAGGGCUACCCUUACAGUGGAGUCUAUUAUUCUCUUUUUGCAGGUGAGGAGGAAACUGGGGUUGUGUCUAACAUCAAAAAAGUGGUGGGGAUUACAUCUCUGCAGCUGGGGCAAUUUGGAGGAGCGGCCCCAGGCCCACUGGCUUAAACAAGAUACAUGGUCAGUUUUGCUGUUCUGCACCUGGGCCAUGCCAGGCUUGGGUAGAGCUCUAGGAUCUACCUCUUUCUCAACUCCAAUUGGGGCUGGAAGUCCUUGGGCUCCCUUCUUCUUUAAACACACUUGCAUCUAAACUCACCUGCUCUCACCUUCUUCUCUCUACCAACCCUGAGAAAUAGGUUCUUAGCACAGAGAAAACAGACUUUUCCUGUUCACAUGACCGUCUGGGUCUUUUGUCUACUGGCAAACCUCAGCUUCUGAAACCCAAAAGCAAAAUCAAUUUCUUGGGUUGUUUUUUUUUUGUUUCUCUAAGUCACCUCUUCCUUGAUACUCUGAAGGUAUGAUGUCUAAAACCUGGUCAUGGAAACAGUGUGGGUCAUUGUGCCAAGGAAGCUUCCUUUCUCUCGAGUGUCUUUACCCAGAAGAAAAGAAGGCAACACCUUUAACCAACAAACUGAGUCCAAAUGAGCAUUUUAGAGGCUUCCCAGAAAACUAGCCUUCCAGGAGGUUCUAAGAGGGCAAGUAGGAGGUCCAAGCUUACUUGUAGACACUAUGCAGAAACAUGAAUACAGAAAAGAGAGUUGUCAGCAUGGACAGCCCAAGGUGACAUAGCCAAUCACUGUGUGUGCUGAAGUUCUUCUCUACUGUUUUAACAUCCUCCAGCCUUGUCCCUUGGCUCCUCAUUCCCCCUCCCACUCUACCCGUUCCCAAAACUAAAUUUUGUGCUCAGUUGUCUACACUAAUAUUUUCAUUUCUUCUCUUAAACCCAUUCCAAAAUGAUUUUAAUCAAGGUCAUUGAUGAACUUGCCCAUAAAUCAUAAAUCCAAUGGAUAUUUUUCAGUCUAUAUUUUGCCAAGCCUAUUAGGAGAAUUCAACAUAGUUGGCUACUCCCUCCUUCUUGAAAUACUGUGCUUGGUCUAUAUGACACCACAUAUGUUUUCUAUCUAUGUCUCUGGCCAGUCCUCCAUCUUCACUGGCUUCUCUCCCAUUGUCCUUCCUUUAAGAUUAUGUUUGUCAGGACUCUGUCUUGGCCACUCUGCUUCCUGUGUGCACUCUUUGGGUAACUUCAUCCAUUCCCAUGGCCUCUGUACCCAGUGCCCCCUAAAUCUGUAUCAUUUGUGUGGAGUGUUCUCUAAACCUCCAGACUUUUAUGUCUAUCCUCCUACUCAACCCCUUGUCCCACAGGCAUCUCAAAAUGAGAAUCAGUAUAAAUCAAACAGAAAUCAUCUAUCUUACAAACCACCUCCUCCUCCUGUGUUCCCUCCUAUGGGGAGAAUAGGUACCACCAGCCACCUGGUGGCCCAAACUCAAAACCCAGCAUCACUUUUAACACGUUCCUCUUCUUCAUGUCUUCAUCAGUGAGUUCUGUCAUAUCCAUCUCCAAAAUGUCUCUGUGCCCCAUCCCUUCAGCCCAACACACUGCCACAACCAUGGUACAAGCUGCUUUCCUUUUUCCUAGACAACUGCUAUGGGUUUUAAAGGAAACCUCUUGUUCUUGCUGCCAGAGGGAACUUUCUAAACCCAAAAUUGGAACAUGGCAGUCUCUGGCUUGAAACCUUUCAAUGAGUUCAGGAUCAGGUUCAAAGCCUUACCUUGGCAUUCAUGGCCCUCCUUGCCUUACACUUCUGCCUCAUCUUUUGCUAUUUGUCCACUGCUGGUCUCUGUCCAGUUCCCUGAGUUGCUUUCACAGAAUCUCAGACUUACCAGGAGCCCCACCCUCUCCCCUUCACUUGGCUAAUUUUUCAGUUUCAAGUCCCAACUAAGUGUCACUUGUUCCAGUGACCCUGGGCAAGGUUAGCAUUAGCAUAAUGCACUGCAUAACACCCCUCAGAGGUGUAAUUAAUGAGAUUACAAUGUCUAUAAACUGUAUGAGUGUGAAGAUA